AUGGAAUCUGAAUUAGCUAGCUUACAUCUAUCGCAAAGUGCCGAAGAUAGAACCGGUAUAUCUUCAAAUACUACAAAUCCACAUAUGAUUCGUAUUAGAAGGAAAAGUAGUAAUAUUUCAAGAACAAAUAGUAAUAUUUCAAGAACAAAUAGCAAUAUUUCAAGAACAAAUAGUAAUACAACAAUGUUUCCAGCAGUACCUCCAUCCCCUACAAUAAGUGAACAUUCAUUAAUCUUUGAAAGAAGUGUUGAAGAUUUAACUACAUUACCAUCAUCUUCAACAAAUACAUUAGGUUCAAUGACAAAUUUAAAUAUGUUAACUAAACAAAGAUCAAAUUCUAACGUUUUUUUACAAAGACAACUCACUGGUGGUUCAGUUAAUUCUAUUGCAUCCAAUUUGAUGACCCCCAUGAUGUUACCUGUAAGUGCUACAACUUCAAACGCAAGUAAUAGCAAUAAUACUAAUAAUAAUAAUAGUGCAAGAAAUUCGUUAUCUUCACAUUCUACAAACCAUCACCAUCAUCAUAGAAGAAGAACUAUAGAGAAUCUCGUUGCACCUGCGUUAGAUGCGUCAUGCUCUUUGAUUGCAGAUCAAUCUACUCAAAUGGAUAACGUUAAUGUAAUUCAUUCAAGAAAUUCCUCAAUUAUAGGCUUAAAUAUGGCUUUGGGUCUCUCUAGAAGUUCAUCCAUUUCUGGAAGUCUUAAUAAGAGAGAAAUAUUUAAUGGUGAUGCUAAUGAUGAAAGUGGAAGUGAUUCUGGAAGCGACAGUAGUGAAGAUGAUGAAGAUGGUGGUGUUGAUAUUGAUAGAUUAGUAAGUUCACGUAGAAUAAGUCGUAGUCGUCGUACAUCAGGAACAAAUAAUACAUCAACCCAAACAUCUCCUAUGGUUACAUCACCAAGAUUUUCUAGUACUACUACUGAUUCUUCAGGUAAAGUAUUAAAAUUUUAUUCAUAUGUUGAUAUGGUAUCCGAUGAACAUAUUAAUCCUGCAAUUUCAAAUCGUAGACCUUCUUUCCUAACAGGAUCUGUAUCGUCACCUUUAUUAACACCUUCAGAACUAUUAAAUUCAUCAGUAUCAAACCAUUCUUUAUCACCACCACAAGCUGGUACAAAUUUCUUAAAGAGUCCUGUUAUGACAAAUACAACAAAUAAGCGUGAACCAUGCACACCUUACAUUUCACCACAAUUAUCUUCGAGAAGACUCUCAGGAAAUAGUAACAACAACACUAUGCCUAGAUCACCUACUUAUGUGCCAAACGGAAUGAGUGCUUUAUCACCUCCUUCAAACUAUUAUAAUAGAUCUAAUGGUAAGUCCAAAAAAUCUAAAAAUCACAACAAAGAUGGUUCUAAUAAUAAUAAUAACAACGAUAUUAAAUUUCAGAUAGAAUCAUCAGAUGAAUUUUCUUCAGAUGAUGAUACUGCAAUGUUUGAUCUAGAUCAAACGAACAAUAGAAACAAUAAUUACAAAAAUGGGAAUUCACUUUUUAACAUUCAAAACACAAAACAAGGAACAACAACAGCACCUCCAUCUAUUUUAAAGACAUCAAUGUUCCAAACAGGAAACAAUCAUAGCAACCCGGACAUUUACCUGAAGGCAAAAUCUAGAACAUACUCAAAUGCAAGCUACCAUCCACCACCAACUUCUUCUAGACCUGGCAGUACAUCUUCUUCUUCUUUUAGAAAGUUAUCUAUACCCAAUAGUAAUAAUACCAAUGGCCAAUUAGCAAGCACGAGUCCCAUUCUACCUUCUCCAUACUCUCUGCAAAUGGAGAAUCUCGGUGCAGUCCUUAGACAAAAAGUUAGCGAUUCUAACCCUGCAUCAAAACCUUCUACACCAAUUUCAAAAUAA